AAGAUAUUUUACUAAAUAGUUGCAGACAUAUAUAUAACUAGACAGCAAUUACGCUAGCGAAAGUUGCGAAUAUGCUGGAACAAGAGAAAUUUUAGAGAAUUUCGAAAAAAGUAGAUAGUUUGAAUGCUUUAUCUUGACUUGGAUACAACCUCGGAGGAAGAGUGAAAAUCGAAACUGAUUAAUUCCCUUGUUAAACAAACGUUCUACCAUAAUUAUGCUCUCUCUCUUCCAACUAUGCUCCAACCUUUAUCAUAACCUAGAGAUUUUAUCAUACACACUGCGUUAUUAUCUAUAACACAGUAAGGCGUCUAGUAGCUAGUCAUUGCUUUAAUUAUUCGUUGAAUACGUAUAGAAUCAUAAAGUGAAUCACACGAUAUGCGGACACUCUGCUUUAAAAGUGUUAGUAUGACUCAGAUUAAUUAUUCGUUUUCUUUUUGAAAAAACUACAAGUCUUAAACAUACAAAACACCUUCUUUGGGCCUUAGGGUUAAUAACUGGAUUAGUCACAAAGUCUCAAACGACGACAUUUACUAAUUUGGCCUCACAGCUCACUGCUCUCGUUUAAAAUUUUACGGUAGUCCUUCUAAGUAGUUUACGAGAAAAUCGUUACAGAAAAUGACAGUUUUGUACCUUAAAAAGUAAAUAUGCAGUUUAUUUUCUUGAAGGCGGUCUAUGCUUCGCACUGUAUUAAUCACGUUUAACCGUUCACGUAGAACUGUUCUGUUUUUAUCCAGGGAACUCUAUUAUUGAGCAUAUUAAUAUUAAUAAUUCAUUUGUCUUCAAAUCUAAUUGUUGUUUUUCCAAACGUUUGAUAUCUAUCUCGUGUGUAUAUGUACUUGCACAAAUUAUGAGCUAAUCGAUUGAACGAAACACAAUGAAUAGAACAACGGUGACUUUUAAAGAUUAUUAUUGUCAACAAAGAAACAGUAUAUUUUUGAAAAAAAAUUCCACAACUCUCAAAUGUAGGACUGAUUAAUCUUAAAUUUUUCAUUAAUAAGCAAAUAAUAUUCCCAAAUGUACACACACAUAUAUAUAUUAGUAAAAUCAUCGUAGAACAAGUUUUUUUCUUUUUCUCAUAACUGUAAAAUGCCGCAAUCCGCGUCAAACAUUUCAAGAAUACAUUUAUUCGUAUUGUUGAUUAUCUGUUAUUGUUCUGUAGCGACUAAAAACACUAUGGAGCUUGAUAGCGUUAUCCUUCAAAAUCUUCAACUAUCAUCUGAUGAUCAAACGACAACAGCAUUUGUAGAUAUUGAAUUGUACAACGAAUAUCAAUGUGCUGUUGAAUGUGUUAAACAUCAUUCAUGUACAGGUUAUUCCUAUUUAGUCCAAACUAGAAUAUGCUCACUAUUUGAAAAAGUCAACAUGCAAGUAAAUGAAAAAGUCAAAAAAUGGCGAACUGAAUUAUCAAGUAAUGCAUGUGAUAAAAAGAAAUGUAAACCAGAUACCAUUUGUAUUGAUUAUAAUGAAAAUAUGGAACGUAUACCAACGGCCCUAAACGAAGCAUCAGAAUUAUCUGCAUUAUUGAAUCAAUGGAAAAUUUAUAACUGUUCACUUCUUCGUUUUCCAGAUGUGGGAAAUUGGGCAGACUGGAGUGAGUGGGGAAGUUGUAGCGUAACAUGUGGUGAAGGUUAUAGAUCACGAAAACGGCGAUGUCUUAAAGAUGGCCGUGAAACUGCAUUUGAAAACUGUAUUGGUAAAGGUCUUGAAAUUCAACCGUGUAAUAUCACAAAGUGUCCAUUGUAUGGGCCAUGGUCUCCAUGGACUUCGUGCUCAACAUUUUGUGGUAUUGGCUACAAACAACGAAAUAGAUCCUGCAUACCACCCGGAUCCAGUUGUGGAAAUUAUACAUUUGAACAACGGGCAUGUGGUGAAGUCAACUGUCAAAAAGUGGCAGGUAUAAAACAAACUGAACCAGAAAAAUAUCCACUCAAGGGUUAUUUAUCAAUACGUGAAGGUGAUAUAUUAUGUGUGAGUUCCACAAGUGGAAAAAUAGCAAAACAUAUGGCCGAUUUGGUAUGUAAAUCAAUUGGUUUACAACGUGGUGCUCAGUACGCUGUUUUGAAUCAAAUAAAACAUACUGCUACAUGUUAUCCGGGAAUAAUUUGUGAUGGUACCGAAAAAAGUUUUUACGAAUGUAAAUAUGAUAGAAGUCUAACGACAAAAAAUAUUAGCGAAUUAUCUGCCAUCGUUGCGAGAUGUAUUGUUGAUGGUGGUUUUUCGGAAUGGUCUCCUUGGAGUUCAUGUACAAAGCCUUGUGGUACUGGUUUUCAACAACGAAAUCGAACAUGUACCGAUCCACCACCGUCUAUUCCAGAAACUAGUGAAGACUCAUUAUUAGCUGGUUAUAAUUGUACAGGAGCAUAUUCACAAUCAAAAAAAUGUAAUACACAAUUAUGUAAAAAGAAAACUUAA